GAGAGCCGUCCCUGCCGAAGCUCUGCCGGCCCCUCGCUCUGCCCUUCCCUCGAUGCCUCCCACUAUGAGGACGGCGCUUCUGCUAACCUGGACCGUAUCCCUGAGUUACUUUGCAGAGCCAGGGUUGGCAGCAUAUUUCUUCCAACAGCCUAUGGAUCAGGUGAUCGUAUCUGGACAGUCAGUGACCCUGGCCUGUGUGGUUAUGGGUUACCGGGGGAUGGUUCAGUGGACCAAGGAUGGACUGGCCUUGGGAGGAGAAAGAGACCUGCCUGGCUGGUCCCGCUAUUCCAUUGUUGGAGAUGCUUCUGCUGGGCAGCACAACUUGAGGAUUGACUAUGCUGAGCUGGAUGAUGAUGCCGUCUAUGAAUGCCAGGCCACGCAGGCAGCACUCCGAUCCCAACGGGCAAAGCUAACUGUACUCAUCCCUCCCAACGACCCCGAGAUACAAAAUGGUCCGAUUGUGCAUGUGAUAUCCAACAUUCCCUACAACCUGACAUGCCGUGCCACAGGUGCCAAGCCAGCCGCUGAGAUCAGCUGGUACCGCGAUGGACAACGGCAAGAGUCUGCUGUGUACUCCAAGUCCCUGAUGGAUGAUGGCAAAAGGGAGCUGGCGGUCAGCACCCUCCUCUUGACCCCCGCCAGCCGGGACAUGGGCAGCUCCUUCACCUGCCGCGUCAGUAACCCAGCAGCCCCAGCCGGCAAGCAGACCACGGUCACCCUCAAUGUGCAAUAUCCACCUGUCGUUAUGCUGUCAGUGCAACCCCAAACUGUACCUGAGGGCGGUAAAGUGAGCUUCCUCUGUACAGCCACCUCAAACCCUGAAGUGACAGGCUACAGGUGGGCGAAAGGAGGGGUGCCCAUUCCUGAAGCCAACGGCGACAGCUACGAGGCAACGGUUGACCAGUCCUUCUUCACUGAGCCUGUGUCCUGUGAGGUGUCAAAUGCCGUGGGUAGCACCAAUGUCAGCACACUGGUGGAUGUGCAUUUCGGACCCCGCCUUGUCUCUCAGCCCAAGCCCCUCACUGUAGACGUGGGGGCAGAUGCUUCUUUCACCUGUACCUGGACUGGGAAUCCACCUCUCACCCUAGCCUGGACCAAGAAGGGAUCGAGUGUGGUGCUGAGCAAUGGCAACACGCUGCACCUCAAAGCCGUGGCGCAGGAGGACGCCGGGGUUUACGUCUGCAAAGCCAUCGUGCCGCGCAUCGGAGUGGCCGAGAAGGAGGUGACGCUGGCCGUGAAUGGUCCACCGAUCAUCAGCACAGAGCCAAGCCAGCAGACAGCCGUGGGGACCAAGGCUCGGCUGGAGUGCCUGGUGGGAAGCAUCCCCCCUCCUGACAGGAUCGCAUGGGCGUGGGGAGAGCGGGUGCUGGAUGCUGGCUCGCUGGACCGCUUCUCAGUGGACACCAUGGUGACGGACCAAGGGGUGCUCUCGGCCUUGCUGAUCGACCCAACGCACGACGCCGACUUCGCACUCCCCUACAACUGCACUGCUUGGAACCGGUUUGGAGCACGCUCUGCUGCAGUCAGCCUGCGCCGCCAAGAGGUCUGGUCCGUCCUCAUCUUGGGUGCCCUGGCAGCCUCCGGAGUUGGUGCGCUCCUCAUCCUGGUUGUCUUCGUCUCUCUGUGUUACCGACGCAAGCGCUGCAGGAAAGCCAAGCGGGGGACGCAGCUCUCCAAAGCAGACAUCCUGGUGCAGAUCACAAGCGAGAGCAGCCCCAGCAGGCCCAGCGAGGCAGAAGAUGAUGCCAAGGAGCCCAUGGCCACAAGCAGCGAGUCUCCGGGUACAUCCCACACAGAGCACAGCGAAAUCCUAGAGGAUGACGAUGGGAGCCAAGAGCUGAAGGAUCCCACCAAUGGCUACUACAAAGUACGGGCCCAUGAGGAACCAUGCCUGGGAAGCGGCUUCUCUGAAUACACACCAGCCCCCCGACCUUUGUUUGGGGCCACUUCUCUGUACCCCUCUGCAGGGCCAGUGCAGCCCAAGCUGUACGAAUACACGCACCGCUACACCUUGGGCACGCCGGGCUCCCGCUCGGGCUAUGACCCCCACGAGCGACUUUUCCCUCAGGAGAACAUAUACAGCGGGACGGCCUACCUCACAGCCCCCUACAGCCGGGCCUUCACCAGUUACGUCAAGCCCAGCAGCUAUGAGAAGGCCGAGAGCGGGUACGAACCGUCGGAUCAGGCGAGCAAGGCUUCGGGGUGCUCACGCUUCUCCUACACCUCCUUGUCCCAACAGUCUGACUAUGGCCGCCCCGCUCAGCAGCGCAUGCAGACACACGUAUGACUCGUGUCUGGCCCCUGCCAAGCUCCUGUCGCUCCAGAGAAAAGGGAACAAACUUCCACUUUGGCUAACAGACUCCAGAAGCCGGGUGAUGAGACUUGAUGUCUUGACCUUGUCCAGAGGAUGCUCCCUUUUCAUCUUCCGGGGAAGGUGGCGGGGAAACGGCAAUUCCGCAGCCUCCAGCAGCAGCGACCCAAAAUGGCCAAUGGCCUGCUUGUUUGUCACCUCCCAACUGGAACUGGCCUCAUUUUGUCUUGACUGGGAGGAAGCCAAACGAUCAUCUGCCUUCAUGUCAGGACAUGAGGUGGAUCCAAGCAAUGAAAUGCACUCCUGGGUGGAAGUGGAGGUUAAGCUCUUGUUUUGUGGCUGGUCUGAGCCUGUAAGAAUUCGGAAUCAAAAUGGUGGAUGUUGCGGCUUGACAGACAAAAGCACAGGCAUGAGGAGCCGGCGGGUGCGCCGGGAGGUGCACCAUCCUGUGCUGUAAGCCUCUGCAGUGGAACUAUGUGAUGCUUGUUCUGGGCUCCCUACCUGGGUUGCCCCAAGGGCAAUCUCCUACCAUGAAGGCGAAACUCUCCUGCCAUUGCAUGAUUCUGGGAAAUUUCUACGCAUGGGCGCUAGUGCUUGCAUUUUAAUUUUCCUGGCUUGAUUGCUGUGGUUUAAAUAAUUCCCUCUUCCUUCCCCCCCACCCCACCCUUUAGCUGUGGAGGGGCUUCUUGAUGGAUACAGAAGCAGCUAGAUCCCCACCCAACCCUUUAAUUCAAAUAACCGGCACAUCACCAAGUUGCACAAGCCAGAUCGGGAGAUGGCUGUGGUGCUCAGCACUGACGCCAGUACGGGACCUGGAAAGACUCUUGAGGUGCAAAUAUCCAAAUGACAGCAUCGUGCUGAGGACUAUAACCCGAUUUUUAAAAAGCCAAGAGUGAAGCAUGGGGGAAAGCAGGAAACCGAAAAACAAUGGGAUCUGUCGAUUUCAUGUGUGUGUGUGAUUUUUUUAAUAUAAUAAGUUAUUCCUUGUUAUUACUUUUUUUGCCUUAAACAUAUUUCUCUGCUGUGGGUGUUUCUGACAUUUUUGCUUUGGUCUUUCCAGAAUCAUUGGGGUUGGUUUAAUUUUUGCUUUGUGUUUUCUUUUUCUUUGUUUUGUAUUUUGCGUUUUUUGCUCUCUUAGAAUGGGAUUUCACUGAAGCAUUCUACAGCCAUGCCUGUUUGGAUGUGUGGUACUUUAUAACAGAAGAGAGGAAAUGUUCAAUAUCUUGCCUA